ACGAGGAGAGAUAUACUACGUCGUUUUGAAACUUAGAACUCAACCAAGCAAGCUUUAAGAUUGUCAUUCAAACAGCGAAAUAGAGAGAAGAGACUCUCAGAUCUAUACCGUCGUUCUCGUUUGUAUCACUGUGGUUCCCAGUUGCCGCUCUCCCUGAUUAUCGCCGCCGCCGUCGCUAUUGUAAUUUAAAUGAGGAGGCAAGGGACUCUAAAUUAGUCUAACUCACUUGUUCACAUCGCCGGCGCUGUUCAUUGUGGUUGGCAGUAGGAUAAUUUCAUUGCCACUGAAUCUGGUUAAGUAUCUGUAGCAGAUUGUGCAUAUUGUAACGUUAUGACAAUUACGAGUUUGUGCCGAAGCUCUUGUAAUGGAGCACUUGAUCGAUGUUACCGUCUUUCUCCUUGUCUUGCUGACCCUGCAAGGAGAUCUUCAUUGGGGUUGAAGUUGGCAUUGGUGAUGCUGCAUCUGAUAUAUGUAGGAGUUCUUUUUCUUUUCGAUAACGAUUUGAUAGAGAAAACAAAACAAGACCCUUGGUACAUUGCCUUAUAUUUGUUGUUGUUUGUUGCAACAUUGGUUCAAUAUUUUGUCACGUCUGGUUCUUCUCCUGGUUAUGUCCUGGAUGCAAUGAGGAUUCUAAAUGAGAAAAAUGCUGCAGUUUCAAGAGCAUCAAUGACUUCAAAACAGCCUGUUUCAAGUAAAAAUGGAAGCGUAAUUGUCACUGUGGAUGGGAGCCAGUCAGGAAGGAAUCCUCCACGAAGUAAUGUAACAUCUUGGAUGAAGCUUGUUCUGGACAUGUAUCCUCCUGGAACAUCUAUUAGAACUUUGACAUGUACCUACUGCAAUGUUGAACAGCCUCUGCGAGCAAAGCAUUGCCAUGAUUGUGACAAAUGUGUUCUUCAAUUUGAUCAUCAUUGCGUAUGGCUUGGGACAUGCAUUGGCCAGGGAAAUCAUUGUCGAUUUUGGUGGUACCUUUGCGAAGAAACGGCAUUAUGCCUAUGGACUGGCAUCUUGUAUAUUGCAUACCUGAAAACUAACAUUACAAGGGCUUGGUGGAAGGAUGCAAUCAUGAUACUAUUGUUGGUUGCUUUAUCAAUUUUGUUGAUCUUUCUUCUCCUCCUCUUGCUUUUCCAUAGCUAUCUUAUUUUGACAAAUCAGACUACCUAUGAACUUGUAAGGCGUAGGCGCAUUCCAUAUUUAAGGGGAAUUCCUGAGCGGGUGCAUCCAUUCAGUAAAGGAGUUUGCAGGAAUUUAUACGAGUUCUGCUGUGCUCAAAGCAACACAUACAACCUGGAAAGUUUACCAACAGCCUCAGAAAUUGAAGAAAACUCACGACCAUACACGUGCUCAGAUUUUUUAACAUGCCGGUGCUGCUGAGAUUCUGCUAACAAGUUCUUUCACCAUAAAAGUUAUUGUGAACUCCAUGCACACAUUGCUGUACAUCCAUUUGUUGCAGAAGAUUAAGUUGGAGUUGUUUUCAAGAUGUUGAUUUUAUGCUUCUGUUGGAUACAUCUAAGAAUUCUGUAAUGGCUUGGUAUGCGAAAAUAUGUGAAAUAUUUUUCACAUUCGAAUUCGUGUUGAUUUUCGAUGAUUUCAAGUUCAAUUGAGUGCAAUCAAAUCUUGCUUUAUGUUUAAAA